CAUAAAAUUACCAUAAACAAAGAAUUCACUGCCAAACGACUUGAUGUGAAACAGUUCUAUGUUUACCGAAAGUAUGAUUUAUAAAUCAAAGUCAAAUAGUCAAAAGGAUUUAAUGGUACCAAAUAUUUUUAAGGCAAGACAAAUGUAAAAUCAGUACAGAAAUCAAAACAAAAUUCCUUGUAAAGUCCUUUUACAGUCUGUGGUUCGCAUAUACAUGAGGUGAAGAAAUUCAGUAUAUAGUUUUCAAGAUUAAUAAAGAUCAUGAGACAAGUAAUAUGUAAUUGUAUGAUAAUUUUGAUAUUAUUUAAAUAUGGGGCAACAUUAAGAGAGCAUGCUACAUCGACUACUCCGUUAAUUCAAUCUACACUGAUGGGAGAUGGUGUGGAUUACGAUGCCGAUAGUGAAAAAGAGAAUGAACCAUCCUCAGUUCCAAUAUGUACUGCAUAUCAAUCAAAUUGUAAAAAGACUCGUUACCGAUUAUACGAUGGAUCUUGUAAUAAUUUAGCAAAUCCCACAUGGGGAACACCAAAUAAUCCUUACGAAAAUAUGGCACCAAGUAACUAUGCAGAUGGUGUAAAUUCAUGGCCCAAAGCUUCAGAUGGUGCGGCAUUGCCAAAUACUCGAGAGAUCAGCAUGAACAUAUUUAUACCAAAACAUGAAAUCGAACAUAAGUGGAGCCUAAAUACUCAGCAAUGGGGGCAAAUAGUGGCACAUGAUUUGUCGCUUACUGCUGGACCAGGUGUAGCCAAGCUAGAAAGUCCUGUAUGCUGCGACUACAAUGGACAUAUAGCUCCAGAUGCGCAUACUCAUCCACUUUGCCAUUAUAUCCCAAUACCUCCCAAUGAUGACGUUCAUGUACCAGAAGGAAAACAAUGCAUGAACUUCAUAAGGACAACAUCUACUAAAGAUAUAAAUUGUACUGGUCCCAAUGAUCUCGCUGCUCCAUUGUCUGUGGUUACUUCUUAUAUGGAUUUAUCUCUAACGUAUGGAAAUGAUGAACGACAUGCAAAGGCGAUCAGAGAAGGCAGCGGAGGACGUCUGUGGACAACAGUACGUAAUGGCUACGAGUGGCCCCCGCAGACCGGCAAUAUAAAGAAAGAUUGCAUUGGAGUACACUCGACUGAUGAACCUUGUUAUUUGCUAGGUGAUACUAGAGGCAAUCAGAGUCCACAGCUGACGGCACUGCACAUAAUUCUAGUCAAUGAGCACAACCGCAUCGCCGAUGCUCUGUCCACAUUGAACCCGCAUUGGGACGAUGAGAAGAUCUACCAAGAGGCGCGUAGAAUUGCCAUCGCCGAAACACAGCAUAUAAACUAUUACGAAUACUUACUUAUUCUUCUUGGUACAAACAAUAUGGCUGAUAAAAAACUAAUUUAUCCUGAUCACAAAAACUACGUUAACGAUUACAAUCCUAAUGUCAGUGCAGCGAUAUAUAAAGAACAUGCGUCGGCUGCAUUUAGACAUUUCCAUACAAUGAUACGUGGUUACUUGAAUUUGAUAACUGAGGAUAGGAUCCUAGCAAAAUCCGUACGCCUGAGCGACUGGUUCAACCGACCGGCUUUACUGGAGAAAGGCGACGGUUUUGACGAUCUGAUCCGGGGCUUAUCAUAUCAAGCAGCUGAUAAAAGCGAUGAGUAUUGGGACCUUGAAAUCACACGAAAUCUUUUUAAAGGAAACCGUUCUAGUGGCGUUGAUUUACGUGCUAUGGACAUUCAGCGCGGCCGGGACCACGGUCUCGGUACUUACGUGGAGCUCAGAGCUCACUGCGACUUGCCAGUCCCUGAUACAUUCGAAGACCUGAAAGAAUAUAUAUCAAUGGAGAACGUAAAAAAAUUGGAAGAAUUAUACGUAUCUGUUGAGGAUAUAGACCUAGUAGUUGGGGGAUCUUUAGAAAAACAUGCACCAGGAGCUCUAGUCGGGCCAACCUUCCUUUGCAUUUUAUUGCAACAGUUUCUGAACAUUCGGAUCGGUGAUCGGUACUUCUAUGAAAACGGGAAAGAUCAGGAUAUCGCAUUUACUUUACCUCAAUUAAAUAGUAUUCGUCAUGGGGCCUCUAUGGCCAGACUUCUUUGCGACAACGGACAUAAUAUUAAAUGGAUGCAACGAAGAGCGUUUGAAUUGGUAUCAGAUGAGAAUUCAUUAGUGCGAUGCGAUGAAUUGGCGGCAGUUAAUUUGACCUUAUGGCAAGAAUCCAGAAGAAACAAUAAGUGAAGCGCGUAAAAAAAAGUAUGAAUAAAUUAUAUGUGUUCAAGUUUUUUUUGUAUCGUUAUGUUUCAUAAUCUCUACACAGAUAUUUAGUCUGGUAUCGAAAUUGAUUAACGCUAUGUUCAAGAAAAAAAAAACAAGAUUU